AUGUGGCGAAGAUCCGUCGUAUCUCGUCUCUCUUCGAGGAUCUCUGCUUCUUCUCCGUUGCCAAAUCCUAGUCCGAUUCUCUGGUCCCGCGAAUUAUGCGCCGUUAACAGUUUCUCCCAGCCUCCGCUUUCAGCGGAAUCAACUGCUGCGAAGCUAGCGAUUUCUGGAAUCAGAUCCGAUGCGAAUACUAUCUCCGCCGCCGCCGCCUCCGCUACAACUCCCGGCGGUGAGAUUUCGUCGAGAUUCGCGUCUGCUGCUGGAUUAGGACACCACUACGCUCGUUGUUAUUGGGAGCUUUCCAAAGCUCGACUCAGCAUGCUUGUGGUUGCGACUUCUGGCACUGGAUACAUUCUGGGUACUGGAAAUGCUGCAAUUAGCUUCCCUGGGCUCUGUUACACUUGUGCUGGCACCAUGUUGAUUGCUGCUUCUGCUAAUUCCUUGAAUCAGAUAUUUGAGAUAAGCAAUGAUGCGAAGAUGAAGAGAACGAUGCAAAGGCCGUUGCCAUCAGGAAGGAUUAGUGUUCCACAUGCUGUUGCGUGGGCAACUAUAGCUGGGGCUUCUGGUGCUUGUUUGUUGGCUAGCAAGACUAAUAUGAUGGCUGCUGGACUUGCAUCUGCCAAUCUCGUCCUCUACGCAUUUGUUUACACUCCGUUGAAGCAACUUCACCCUAUCAAUACUUGGGUUGGUGCUGUUGUUGGUGCCAUCCCACCUUUGCUUGGGUGGGCUGCAGCAUCUGGUCAGAUCUCAUGGAAUUCGAUGAUACUUCCAGCAGCUCUUUACUUUUGGCAGAUUCCUCAUUUCAUGGCCCUUGCACACCUCUGCCGCAAUGAUUAUGCAGCUGGAGGUUACAAGAUGUUGUCGCUCUUUGAUCCUUCAGGGAAGAGACUAGCAGCAGUGGCGCUUAGGAACUGCUUUUACAUGGUCCCUCUCGGUUUCAUCGCCUAUGACUGGGGAUUGACAUCGAGCUGGUUUUGCGUAGAAUCAACACUUCUCACACUAGCAAUCGCUGCUACAGCGUUUUCAUUCUACCGAGACCGAACGAUGCCAAAGGCUAGGAAGAUGUUUCACGCCAGUCUUCUCUUCCUGCCUGUUUUCAUGUCCGGUUUGCUUCUACACCGCGUCUCCAAUGAUAACCAGCAGCCACUCGUAGCAGAAGCCGGUUUGUCAAAUUCAGCAACCGGUGAAGUGAUAAAAACUCAGAGGCGAAAGAAGAAACGUGCUUCUCAAGCUCCCGUGGCUUAUGCUUCUGCUGCACCGUUUCCUUUCCUCCCAGCUCCUUCCUUUUACUCUCCAUGA